CACUUCAGUAGCUGUUUGCUGACAGAAGUGCAGGCUGGCCGGGCCGACUCGUCACUGAAAAGAGACAGGUAACAGGAGGAACGGGGAGGGACUCCCCUGAGAACAGAGUCCGUACAGAUGGAGGAGGGAGCGGGUCGCAGCGCCGCUCGGCCCCAGAAUAUGGAGGAUGUUGCAACAAAAAGACACCGGGAAAGCAGCAAGGAACGAGGACCAGGAAGUGGCAUCAGGAAGGCCCGAGACAAAGAGAGGAGGAAAAAGAGAAAUCAAAGAAGAAAAAAGAGCAACUCAAAAGCAAAAGGAGAUGCAAACGUCAAAAGCGAAGAUACAGAAAAAGGCGAGAUGGAGGUUGUGGAGACCACAAGCAGCCAAACUCAGGAGAGUGUGUCCAUAGCAACACAACACGUGGAUCCCCUAGUGGAAGACAGCUUGCCAACUGUGCACAACAGUGAAGAGCGACGCCACAAAGAUGCUAAAAUGGUGCAGGCUCAGACUCAAACAGAGAAACAUCAAGGCCAAAACAAAUUCACACAAACUCCAGUCGUUUCCCAGAACAACCAGGAAACACAGACGGACGUCCCCGUGCCAAAACCAGACCACACAAGCGAUGAGAAGACUCCAGAUGAGACAAACAACGCUGCUGAGACACAGCUAAAGCAAGACAAACACACACCUGAACCCAAAAUGCAAGAAGACUGCGCUGUUCAGACUCCGUUAAAGCAAAAUCAAGAUCCAGACAAGGACAGAGUGCCAUCAGAUUUAGUCAAGGAGCAAAACCCAGAGAAAGAGUCAAAGUCUAAAGAGGAGAAUCCUUCUGCAGGAGUCUCAGCUGAUCCCGCAGGCUCCAAAGCCGAAAAAGAUGCCAAACCAAUGUCUUACGCCAAAGUUGUGACUGGAGAGGGUGGGAGUCAGAAACAGUCCAACAUGGAAGCCUCCAAAGCAGCAGAUAAAACCACAGACACUUCCCAAAGCACACGUGAUCGAAGCCCAGUGAGACCUCCGCCGGGUGUUCCCAUGUUCACCGUUCACAUCUAUGCUGUGCUGGACAAAAAGUUUAAAUUCAACCAAGACCAUGACACGCUUGUGUUAUGAA